AUGGGAGAACAACAACGAAAAUCCGUUCAGGCGUUGAAUCAAAUUGAUGAUGAGACAAAUGACGAUAAAGAAGUUACCAACAACUUGAUGCAGAUAUAUUCAUCGGGGCAAAUACCUAGAGAUCCAGAGCCAAGAGAAGUCUUCAUAAGAAGAUAUACGUACCGGGGUCGGGAUGAAUGGCACGAGAAGCUGAUGCAAGAUUAUUUUCUUCUUGACUGUGUGUUCUCUGAUGAAAAUUUCCAAGGACGAUUCUGCAUGCCUAGACAUUUGGUGCUAAAUAUUAUUGGUGAGAUUUGUCAGGUAAAAUCUCAAUUAAAUUAUCAGUAUGAUGUACUGAAUAUUAAGGGUCAUAACCCUGAACAAAAGGUUACUUCGGCUUUGAGGAUUUUAGGAUAUGGCAUACCUCUAGAUUCUAAUGAUGAGUACCUUCGCAUUGGCAAAACAACUGCAUACUAG